AUAUAUAUACUAGUGUCUCGGUGCACGUGGCUGCAAUUCGAGUUCGGUAUACCCGGACCUGCGCACAGAAGGCGAAACCGGAAGAUUAUGAGCACACCUAACCGAUCUGCUGACAUCUAGUCCCACUGUCAGACGCAGGCGGAUGUCUCAAUAUACCCCGAGACAAGAGAUAUAUAAAUAUAGCGAUUAUGGAAGCUUCGAGUAACGAAAGCGCUUUGUACGUAGCGAGGUUUCGCCGCGGUUGCCGCAAUCGCGAGUCGCACGACGCGGUCGCGGAGUUGGCGGCGGAAUUGCGGCGUGCCUACAUGGUGAAGGGACUGCAGGCUCAGCUCGAGGAGAGACAGGCCCACAGACACUUGGAACUCGUGCAGGAACGCGAGAGUGCCGAAUUGGCACGCGAACGAGAGCGGGAGAUGUUGGAGGAGGAUCGCCGGCGUCAAUCGGAGACCCGGAAAUGCGAGAAAUACAGACAGCAGCUGGACGAGCAGCUGACGCGAAAGGAGGAAGAUAAAAGGGUUCUCAUGGAAGAGGCUCGCGAGUACAGGAAGUAUCUCGAAGAAGUGGAUCGGACGCAGGAGGAACGGGAACUCUCGAAAGCAUUGGAGAAGAAAUGCGAGCUCGUGGAGAGGACGAGGCAGGAGAGACUUGUUCUCGAAGAAAUGAAGAGGAUUCAUCGGCGAGAGGAGCGCGAGGCGGAAGAGAAGAAGCAACGGGAAGACUCUGAGUAUCUGCAGGAGAUCGAGGAGAGAUCGAAGGAGGUGAACAGACUCAGGCAGGAGCAGAUAGAGAGGCGCGAGCGUGUCCUGUUGGAAACGACGAGGAUAAUGCUGGACGCUCAGGCUCGAAAACGAGAGAGGGAGGAACGGCUGAUUGAUCUCGUAGCUGAGGAGAUUAGGUGUGAGCUCAUAAUCAAGGAAAUGGAGGAGACGAUGCGCAGGAGAAGGAUGCGGCAAGAACUUGCGGCUACUUUACGGGAACAGAUAGUCUUUACCGAGCAAUGUAAGCAACGUUUCGUGGAAGAGGAUAAAGCGUGGGCCGAACAAGUCAUGAGGAAGAUUAUGGAAGACGAGAAACUGGCGAGAUUCACGGCGGAGGCGAAAAGAAGGAUGAAACUUCAGUACCGAAAGGAUCUGGAGAAUUUGAUUGCGCACCGCCGCAGGAUUCGCGAGGAGGAGAUUGCUAAGAUUGAGGAAAUCGCUAAAGAGCAACGAAGGUUGGAACUAGCUGAGGCGGAACGCACGAGAGAGGAAAGAAAACGCUUGUUGACGACACACGCGACUAAUAUCGCCAACUUUGUGAACAGAGCGCUUCUCACGACCGAGGAACGACAAAUCCUUGCUGAAUUAAUCAAGGAAAAUCAAGAGACUGGGAACAUCAAUGACGAUGUGCCGACGAAGACAUCAAAAGUUUGAGAAAAUGAUCAAGAUUUGAAACAAGAGGGAAGUUUCAAUUUUUGAGAUAUUUGUAAAAUGUAUCUGACAACAAUAGAUGCACUUAAAAAAAUGAAAAAUUCAACGGAAUGGAAGAAGUGAAGAAGAGAUGAAAAAAAUGUUAGCUGCGGAAAUGACAAUGGUUGUUUUGAGUUCAUCGUCGAAAUAUUUUAUAAAUAACUAGAAUUUAAGAAAUAGUUACGAAGAGCAAAAAUGAAAAGGAUACGUUUUAUUAUUUGCUUCUAAAGAGGGAGGAAAUUGUUAUAGCAAUUUAACAAUUUUUAGCAUUUCAAAAAAUAAUUAAAAGAAGCUACAUGCAAUUAAUACCGCGAGCUUUACGAAUAGAGCAGCUAAUAAAAAAAAAAAA